AUGUCAAAGAGAGAAGCCAGCCAAAUCGCAGUAGCAGGUAUUGACAUCGAUGCCCCGCGCGCCAAACGACGGAGGGAGGCUCCCAGUGCUGAAGCCGGCGCGCCAACGAAAGAACAGGGAGGCGCGACCAGUGUCAAGCUAACGAUCAAGAAGGAGGGCGAUGCGCUAGAGACUGUGACAGAAGACCCCGAGGUAGUAAAGGAAAAAGGCCUCAAGGUGUGGCAGAUGGUGAAGGACGCGGUGAACAAAGAAGGCCGAAGUCUGUCCAAUGACUUCUUGCGUCUUCCCUCAAAGCGACAGUACCCAGAUUACUAUCAGCAAAUCAAACGUCCAGUAUCUCUCGAGGAGAUAAAGACCCAACUGGACACAUCCGCAUAUACAUCACUGGAGGAUCUCAAGCAAGAUUUCGAGACUUGUUUUCGGAACGCGAAACGGUACAACAUAAAGGAAAGUCAGAUUUGGAAGGAUGCCAAACAUCUGCAUAAACUUGUACUCAAAGAGUAUAGUAAGAUUACUGGCACACCCGAGGAUGCCCUUGCCGAUGCAGGAGACGACGUCGAGGAGCAUGCUGGGGCUCCCGCGGGAGGUUCUGAUGACGAAGGGGGCAAGAAAAAGAAGGCACCAAAUAUGAUACGCCUAUUGAAAGCGCGCCUGCAAAAGUUAAUUGAGAAGACAGAUGACUCCGGGCGUAUGUUGUCGACGGAAUUCAUGGACUUGCCUAACCGUAAGCAAUGGGCCAUCUACUACAAGACGAUCAAGCGGCCGCAGUGCCUGGAAAAUAUAUUCAAACGUCUCAAACGCAAGGAAUAUCACACAGCGUCUGAUUUCGCAAAUGAUGUUGAGCUUGUAUUUUCAAAUGCUCUGGAGUUCAACCAGGAUCACACGGGAAUAUGGGAGGAUGCUUUGGUUCUGAGGGACUAUUUUCGCCAAAUAAUGUCUGAUCUCCCAGCACCAUACACUCUGCCUGCUUAUUCCUCCCCUGCUGCGAAGAUUAGAUUCAAGAUGCCUACCACGGCCGCCCAAUCGUCUGCACAACAACCUUCAGCAGCUCUGGCAACAUCUCCUCCCGCCAACGGAUCUCCCUCGUCUGGUACGGUUCGAAUACCUGCCCAACACGCCCCUGCACCGAACGGGGCUACGGCUCUGGAGGCUAGCAAAUCCCCUGUUCUUGCCCCAAUCCCGUCUAAGGUCGUCCCUGCUUCUGCAAAUGUUCUUAGUCAGCCAACGCAACCUGUUGUGUCAAGCACUGCCCCACCUACCCCCGUUCCAGUAACUUUACAAUUGAAACCGAUAGCUCCGACGGCCAAUGCCCAGCCUGCCAGUUUCAUACAGCCUGCUUACACUACUGCGUACACGCACUACUCGAAUACAGUAUACAACCAUUCUCCUGCACAGCCUAUGGUGGCAGGACCUUCGUCUGCCAUCGCUCCUCUUGCUGUAUCCCAAUCGCACACUCCGACGGCUCCGUCUACGGCUACAUCGUUGCAACCUACAUCGACUCCUGACGUGUCGAGCCAUCGACAGUUGAGGUGUGCCAUUUUGGUGACGAAGCCUCUUGGACGGCGAUUGGAGCUCGACCAAAGUGACGGCGUGAAAACUUGGGCGGUUCGGCUGCAGGGUGAAAGCGGGGUGCGCAUCUUUGGCGUUUCCGUGCAGGAGGAACACGACGACCAGGAAGACGUGGAAAGUAGCAGCGAUGAGAAGGGACACGAGCAGGAGGAACAGGAGGAAGAACAGCAACCGAAGGCGAAACAGAAACGAGGUCGACCGCGCAAGAAGCAGAAGGCCGCCGAUACCUUGAAGCCGACAGAGGGUGCGAAGGGAAAGAACAAGAGCAGAAUCUCUACGAAAGCAGCGUCUCCCCAAGAGGAAGUCCAGCUCAAGCUGAACGGUGUAUUCGUCAAGGGCAUCGACGAAGCGCAAGAGUGGGACCUCGAGCUACCCGUCGGUUCAAACAUCAUCGAACUUGCUGAGAAGGGCGGUGUGCCUUGGAGAGUUUACCUCGAUAGACUGAGUUUUUGA